CUUGUUUUUGGAUGAAAAUGACUUCAAACAAACAGAAUUGGUCAGACAUCUAAUAAAAACAGUUGGAAUUGAAAUAGACAUCAGAAAUAGACAACGACUAUUCAUAAUACAGGAUAUGAUCGAUGAUGUUGUUAUCUCCAAAUCAAAACAAAUAUUGAGUGGAAGUUUAGCAGAAGGACUCAAUUUACCAAGUAGUGACUUAGAUAUAAUGUUCGUAACUAAAACCAUAGACGUUAUAGAGAAUUUACGGAAUAUCAAACACACAUUACAACGUACUACCUUGGUUAUGGAGACAGAUACUGUUCAUCCUGGAUUUGCUCGACUCAGCUUACUACCAAGAAGGCAAGGGGAAUCUGACCUCAGUGAAAGUAUUAAAAACAAUAGAUAUUUGUCAGUCAAAGAAUUUCUUAAUGUUCUAAGUAAGCAAUAUCGUGGAUUUAAGUUUGUUCAACACGGCCCCUGUCUAUCCGACAAAAAUCAGAAUUUUGAUUUUGCAUUCUGCCUACGAAGUAAAUAUUUACCUUACAUUGCAGUUCCAUGGUCAUGGCGCUAUCGACAUCAGUGGCCCCCUAAUUAUGUAAUUAACAAAAUUAAAAACAACGGAUGUUUGUUAGUACCUAUAGGACCUAAGAAUGUGUCAAAUUGUAAUUUUUUAUGGAGAUUAUCUUUCUCUGUGGCAGAAAAACAUCUUGUACAUUCGUUUAAUUUCACUCAACUCUUAUGUUACGGUCUUCUCAAAUUAACACUAAAGCAUAUCGUUAACACAAACGAUCAUGCCAAAGAUUUGUUGUGUUCAUACUUUCUGAAGACGGCUUUAUUCUGGGUCUCAGAGGAAGUGGAUAUAGACACAUUUAAAUUGUCUAAAUUGUUUUUUUGUUUUUCUCUCUGUCUAAAUAAAUUAAUAUCAUGGGUAAAAAACUGUCACUGUCCGAACUAUUUUAUACCUGAAAACAACAUGUUCCUAGGAAAGAUCACUCUAGAUAACAAUAGAAUACUACUACAUGUACUGGACAGUUUACAGUUAAGUGGAAUUGAUGGGUUGAUAAAUACUUUAUUUCCGCGUAGAAAUAGGAAUGAUCGUCUCUUAUAUUCAAACAGUGAAACAUCGUUUAUUAUGCAAGACUUCCUAUUUUACAGAAUUUGUGAGUUAUGUCAUUCGACAGACAUUUCACAUUGUUAUAAAGUACGUACAAUUAUUGAAUGUUUGCUUAAAUCUGAAUCAUCAUUAAUACCGAAAGAACUACAAAGGGAAGUGGAAGACAGAACAACCACAGUACCGAUGACGUAA